CCCCCCUUCUUUUUUUUUUUUUGUGUGUGUGUGUCUCCGUGUGUGUGCGCGCCGCCUCUGCGUGCGGUGUUUGAAAAUGGAGGUUGAAGAUGCAGACUGCCAGCCCCGAUGUGCCUCACGCCUGCGGCUCCUGUGCACGAUGUACCACUGCAGCCAGCGCUGAGGGGAGACGGCGGCGCCCCCCGCCCCGCGCCCGCCCCCCGCCCCGCAGACAGCGUCGCCCCGGGGCCUUCAUGCCUUCUUCUUCUUCUUGCCGCCGUUAAUACAUCUUGAAUAUCUGUGUAUUUUUGGUGUGGUUGCUCCGGAAGAUCAACACCCAGGGACCUCAGAAACCCUCCGGUUUGCCAGUCCGAAGGGUCUUGUGUUUUGUUUUUAAUUUUUUUUUUUUUUUUUCUCUCGAGGCAACGUGGAUUUAUUUAUCCUGCCCCGCUUCUCGUCCUCUUUUUGCCUCCUUCGUUAUUUUUAGAGGACGGGGAGAGAAAAGAAAGAGAACAAUUUUUUACUUUUUUUUUUUUUUUUUCGGAAAGGGGGAUUUUGUCCAAUUAAGAAAAGAGGAAUGAAGUCUGGCGCUGGAGGAGGGUCCCUCGCCGUCGUCUGGGGGUUUCUACUCGUCUUCGCCGCACUUUGUCUGUGGCCAACAAAUGGGGAAAUUUGCGGGCCAAAUGUUGACAUUCGCAAUGAUAUCCAUGAGCUGAAACGCCUGGAGAACUGUACGGUCAUUGAGGGUUUCCUUCGCAUUCUGCUCAUCUCUAAAGCAGAAGAUUACCGCAACUUCCGCUUCCCAAAGCUCACUGUCAUCACUGACUAUUUGCUGCUGUUCCGUGUGGCAGGCUUGGAAAGCCUCAGUGAUCUCUUCCCCAACCUCACAGUCAUUCGUGGGAGGAACCUCUUCUACAACUAUGCCUUGGUUAUCUUUGAAAUGACAAAUCUUAAAGAGAUUGGGCUUCACAACUUGAGGAACAUAACUCGCGGAGCCAUACGGAUCGAGAAGAACUCCGACCUGUGUUACCUCUCCACGGUGGACUGGUCUCUCAUCCUAGAUGCAGUGUCCAAUAACUACAUCGUUGGGAAUAAACCUCCAAAGGAAUGUGGGGACUUGUGUCCAGGAACAAUGGAGGAGAAGCCAUUGUGUGAGAAGACUUCUAUUAACAAUGAGUACAACUACCGCUGCUGGACCACCAACCACUGCCAGAAAAUGUGCCCCAGCUCAUGUGGCAAGCGAGCCUGUACAGACCAAAACGAGUGUUGCCACCCUGAGUGCCUGGGGAGCUGCACGGCGCCCGACAACAACACGGCCUGCGUGGCCUGCCGCAAUUACUACUACGAGGGAGUCUGCUUGCCCACCUGCCCUCCCAACACCUACAAAUUCGAGGGCUGGCGCUGCGUGACUAAGGAGUUUUGCUCCAAAGUCCCUGCCACUGAAACAAGUGAAUAUGAGAGGUUUGUGAUUCACAACGAUGAAUGCAUGGCAGAAUGCCCCUCUGGAUUCAUACGCAAUGGGAGCCAAAGCAUGUUCUGCAGCCCUUGUGAGGGGCCUUGCCCCAAAAUUUGUGAGGAUGAGAAAACAAAGACCAUUGACUCUGUCACAUCAGCACAAAUGUUGCAGGGAUGCACAAUUCUGAAGGGAAAUCUGCUGAUUAACAUCCGUCGUGGAAAUAACAUUGCCUCAGAACUGGAGAAUUUUAUGGGUCUGAUUGAGACAGUAACAGGGUACGUGAAGAUUCGCCAUUCCCAUGCCUUGGUCUCCCUGUCUUUCUUGAAGAACCUGCGGUAUAUUCUGGGAGAGGAACAGGUGGAUGGGAAUUAUUCCUUCUACGUGCUUGACAACCACAAUCUUCAGCAGCUGUGGGACUGGAACCAUCAUAACUUGACAAUCAAGGAGGGGAAAAUGUACUUUGCCUUUAAUCCUAAACUGUGUGUUUCUGAGAUUUACCGUAUGGAGGAAGUUUCAGGAACCAAGGGCCGACAGAGCAAAGGAGAUAUAAAUCCAAGGAACAAUGGGGAGCGAGCCUCCUGUGAAAGCCACAUUCUGCGUUUUGUUUCCAACACGACACUCAAGAAUCGCAUUAAACUAACAUGGGAACGGUAUCGGCCUCCAGAUUACAGAGAUCUCAUUAGCUUCACUGUUUACUAUAAAGAAGCACCAUUCAAAAAUGUGACUGAGUAUGAUGGGCAAGAUGCAUGUGGUUCCAACAGCUGGAACAUGGUCGACGUUGACCUGCCACCAAACAAAGAGAACAACCCUGGAAUUCUACUACAGGGGUUGAAACCUUGGACUCAAUAUGCCAUUUAUGUCAAGGCUGUUACACUCACAAUGAUGGAAAACCAUCAUAUCCAUGGAGCAAAAAGUGAAAUUGUAUAUAUACGAACCAAUGCUGCAGUGCCAUCCAUUCCCUUGGAUGUUAUUUCAGCAUCCAACUCUUCAUCCCAACUGAUUGUGAAAUGGAAUCCUCCCUCUCUUCCCAAUGGCAACCUUUCAUACUACAUCGUACGAUGGCAGCAGCAACCUCAGGACAGUUACCUUUACAGACACAAUUACUGCUCCAAAGAUAAAGUCCCAAUUCGAAGAUACGCUGAUGGGACCAUUGAUCCAGAUGAUGUUACUGAACCCACCAAGCCAGAGGUCUGUGGAGGUGAAAAAGGACCUUGCUGUGCUUGUCCCAAGACAGAGGCAGAAAAGCAAGCUGAGAAGGAGGAAGCAGAGUACCGGAAAGUCUUUGAGAACUUCCUUCACAACUCUAUCUUUGUCCCCAGACCUGAUCGGAAGCGGAGAGACUUGUUCCAAAUCGCAAAUUCCACUUUGGCCACUCGAAACAGGAACGUGACUGGGACAGAUCACUUCACCAAUGUUUCUGACUCAGAGGAGAGUGAGGUGGAAUACCCAUUCUUUGAGACCAAAGUGGAUGGCAAGGAGAGAACUGUCAUCUCCCAUCUCCAGCCUUUUACCCUUUACCGCAUUGAUAUUCACAGCUGCAACCAUGAAGCUGACACACUUGGUUGUAGCGCUUCCAACUUUGUCUUUGCCAGAACCAUGCCUUCAGAGGGAGCAGAUAACAUUCCAGGAACGGUAGCAUGGGAAGCAAAAGAAGAAAAUACUGUCUACCUGAAGUGGUUGGAGCCUGCAAAUCCAAAUGGGCUGAUAUUAAUGUAUGAAAUCAAAUAUGGGCAGCAUGGAGAGGAGAAGCGAGAAUGUGUUUCCAGACAAGAAUACAAGAAACUUGGAGGAGCUAAACUAACUCAUCUAAACCCUGGAAACUAUUCUGCUAGAGUUCAGGCCACUUCGUUAGCUGGAAACGGGUCAUGGACUGAGCCCAUCUCUUUCUAUGUGCAGCCCAAAUCAGCUAACUAUGGAAACUUCCUGCACUUGGCAAUUGUGCUCCCUAUUGCUUUCCUGUUCAUCAUUGGGGGAUUACUAAUAAUGAUCUAUGUCUUUAACAAAAAGAGGAACAGUGACAGACUGGGCAAUGGAGUACUUUAUGCUUCUGUGAACCCCGAGUACUUCAGUGCUUCAGAUGUGUAUGUUCCAGACGAAUGGGAGGUGCCCCGUGAGAAGAUCACCAUGUGUCGGGAGCUUGGACAGGGCUCCUUUGGAAUGGUGUAUGAGGGAAUAGCCAAGGGAGUGGUGAAGGAUGAGCCGGAGACCAGGGUGGCCAUCAAGACUGUCAAUGAGUCUGCAAGCAUGCGAGAGAGGAUAGAGUUCUUAAAUGAGGCCUCGGUGAUGAAGGAGUUCAAUUGUCACCAUGUGGUUCGGCUGCUUGGUGUUGUUUCUCAGGGCCAACCUACGCUUGUUAUCAUGGAGCUGAUGACACGUGGGGACCUCAAAAGUUACCUGAGAUCAUUGAGACCAGACACAGAGAAUAAUCCUGGCCAGACACCUCCAACUCUGAAGAAGAUGAUUCAGAUGGCAGGAGAGAUUGCUGAUGGGAUGGCUUACCUCAACGCAAACAAAUUUGUUCACAGGGAUCUUGCUGCAAGGAACUGCAUGGUGGCAGAAGACUUCACAGUAAAAAUUGGAGAUUUUGGCAUGACAAGAGAUAUCUAUGAGACAGAUUAUUAUCGUAAAGGAGGGAAAGGUUUGCUGCCCGUCCGCUGGAUGUCCCCAGAGUCACUGAAAGAUGGAGUCUUCACAACGCACUCCGAUGUCUGGUCUUUUGGUGUUGUGCUUUGGGAGAUUGCAACGCUGGCGGAGCAGCCCUACCAAGGCAUGACCAACGAACAAGUGCUCCGCUUUGUGAUGGAAGGAGGUCUGCUGGAAAAACCAGACAACUGUCCUGAUAUGCUGUUUGAACUGAUGCGCAUGUGCUGGCAGUACAACCCCAAAAUGAGACCCUCCUUCCUGGAAAUCAUCGGUAGCAUCAAAGACGAGCUGGAUCCAGCGUUCAAAGAGGUCUCCUUCUUCUACAGUGAAGAGAACAAGCCUCCGGAUACAGAGGAGCUUGACCUGGAGACUGAAAACAUGGAGAGCAUUCCUUUAGACCCCUCCUCCACCCUCCAACCCACUGACAAGCACUCAGGACACAAAGCUGAGAACGGCCCCGGCGUGGUGGUCCUGCGGGCCAGCUUCGAGGAGCGGCAGCCGUACGCACACAUGAACGGGGGGCGCAAGAACGAGAGGGCCUUGCCGCUGCCCCAGUCUUCGGCCUGCUGAUCCCUGGAGCCAGAAUCUCGCCCGAGUAAAACACAGAGAAAUGCAUUGGGGGAAGAAAGAAAGAAAACUACAAUAUAUUCAACAGCCUACUGUACCUCAGUGGAUCUUCAGAACUGCCAUAGCUGCACUUGGGAGAACCCUUUUUUUUUUUUUUUCAGUAAACGAGUUAUCGUAUUUUUCUUUUUUCAAUAUGCAAGCAGAUGUUUGUUUCAGUAAAGGACUCCGUUCAUGGGGCACACAGUUGGCCUUUUAAAACUCUAAUGUUAACACUUAAAUAGCAACAGAAAACUUGAGAUCUGAUGUCUGUCUCUCUCUCUCUCUCUCUCCUCUCUCUUUCUAUCUGUCUCUCUCUCUGCUUCAUAAUGGGAAACAUAUCUGCGCGCAAGUUCAACCCUACAGCACUUUUAUCAGAUCAAAGAUAUCGCAGGCCAGGUGGCUCCCUGGUACCCUUGCAAGCACCUGCCCGACACUGUAGGUCUUUAUUAAAAAAAAAACACAAAAAAAACCAAACAAAAAAACAAACAAACAAGAAAACCACACAAAAAAAGCUAAACUAAAAAAGACUGGAUUUUUAAUGUUGCUCUUUAAUCUUUUUAGGAACAUGUAAAAGAAUAAAAAAGGGCCAUCAUUCAUCGGAGGUCGUUACCAUUUUCAACGCUGCCAAAUUUUGCCAAAAAACUGAACUCUUUGGGUUUUUUUUUUGUUGGGAUUUUUUUUUUUUGUAGGCGUGGAAGGAGCACAGUAAUCAACUGCUCUGUUUCAAAGAGAUCCUGACCAAUAUGUUCUAUUCAAUCAUACACUGGUAUUUAAAAAAAAAUUGAAAAAAAGAAAAAAGAAAUUGUCUAGAUCUUUUUUCAAAACUGGACAAAAUGUGGUGAUUCUUUUUUUUUUCUUGUGAUGGAGAAGAUAAAAGGGGUGGGAUAAAGAAACAGCCCUGUCCCCAUCCCAAUGAAUUCUGGACAAAACUGGCAGUGGUGAGCUAAACAAACGUGCAUUUCGUACAAAAAAGUCAACUGCACGCCAAAAAUGAGAGAUGAAAACCAUGAGAAUACCCGGCAGAGAUCUCCAUCGGUGCAACCUGCCUUCCUUCACAGGCUUGCAAGGAAAAAAAACCACCUAGAAACAUAAAUUGGAGAAGACAAAAAAAAACAGUAACCGGAUUCAAGUCUAUGAUGCUUUGUUGACCUUUUCUCUUUAUUAUUAAGACUUCUUGAAGGGUCUUGCAGUUCUAUGUUAGACCAUGGAUCAUUUGCAUACACAUUGUCUUUUGUGUCACUUUUAUAACUUUUUUACGGUUCAGAUACUCAUCUAUAUGUCUGUACAGAAAAAAGCUGCUAUUUUUUUUGUUCUUUAUCUUUGUGGAUUUAAUCUAUGAAAACCUUCAGGUCUGCCCUCCUUCCCUUCCCUCCCACUUCAACAAAUUUUCUUAUGCUUUGUACUAUAGUGUGUAACCUCUACUUCCUCCUUCCCAGUAACUGAUACCUUUCAUAUGAUUUGCCAUGAACUGUUUAAUGCCUUUUUAUAAAUACAUUUUCUCCUCUUUUUUUUUAUUUUAUUUUUUUUUCUUCUACUUUUUUUCCAUUAGUUGUUUUACAACAUCUUGGCUGUGUGGGCUACAGGGCUUUUGAGGGCGAUACGGAGAAAGAAGGGACACCCUGCACGAAACACUCUAGCAGUGCUGUGGUGUGUGGUGUUUUUAAACCCCAGUUUUCCUUCCUUCCCACUAACCUCUGCCCAGACAGCAUGCGAGUCUCUUACAGUGCAAGGCAUGAUACAAACUCAGGUCAGAAAAAAAAAAAAAGAGGUUAAAUAUUUAGUACAUUCUUGUUCAGUGUUUAUAUUCAUUGUUGUACCAGGGUCCUACCCCUCCAUCCCUCCCCGCUUUGGUUGUGGCACACAUCCACCCACCAUCCCCACACACACUCCCCACAUAGACACACACAUAUAUAUGUAUUACUUUUUGUAUUUGUUGGGUGCAACAGCAGACACCAGGCUUUUGGGUCACUGAUUUUUAAACAGACUAUUCUAACCCUCCCACCCUGUGAACAAGAGCUACACCAGUUACAGCUGGUGAUGCCAGGCAUCCUUAGGGUGGCUACUGAACACCUGGCUCCAGCAGACCCCAGCUUUUUUCCUUCUUAAUGAGGAAGCCCUCACGAAGGGCACCCCGGGUUGCACUUUGCACCCCUGGUUAAAAACAAAAUAAAACAAACCAACAGUAAACCAAACCAACACAAACCCACUACACCAUUUCCAUGGGGCUGGGUGGAAAGCAUGUAGCUGGGGCCAGGGGCUUGGCUAGCAAACAGUUACGUGUUGGCAGCUAUGGAAACCUGUACAAGUACAAGCUUGUUGCUUAAAUCAUAGACCAAACCUCAGAACAAAAGAAAAUGAGUAAGCUUGUUUGUUCAGUUGCAGAAGCCUUGGUGAAAGGGGAAGGAGGGGCCAUCAGAAAGUCUACAACCAAGGAGCCGUACCAGUUGCUCGUCUUAGGUCAGUUACAGCAUCUAAGCCUUUGUUUAGCACUGAUCCAAGCAAAUGAUGGCAGUGAAGAGGUGGUUCUGGGAUGGAACAUGUUGAAAUCUUUUGAGUAAGAACAAAGAGUUAAAAUAUACUGAUUGCUAGUUUUGACUGGAGAUUUUUAAAAGUUUGUAGUGCUUUUUGCUUGUGUAGUUUAGGUCCCAUUAUCUUCUCUUGCCUCUGUCCCAUAGUUAUUUUUCCCUUUUAAAAAUGAAAAAGACAAAAAAAGUUAAUUAAGAAGGUAUUCUAUGUAGGAUUUUUAUUUAUUUUUGUGAUAUCAGUUUAAAUCACUGUAGAGAUGCCCCAUAAUAAAUUUAAAUACUGAGAUAAGGGUUUUUGAGUAUGACAGGGGGACAGUUUUUUAUUUUUUUUUUUCAAACAUUUAUCUACCUCACUCUUAUUUUUUUAUAUGUGUGUAUAUACAAAAGAUACAUCUCACAUUUCUCAGCAGCCAAUAAAUGCCGUUGAUACUGGUAACCUCUCACUCCAUAUACCACAUGCUCUAGGUUCUGGAGGGGAACAGUCACUGCCUGUCACAAAGGGUCACUUCAAAAUAUUUGCCUCAAUUCCAAGGAGUUUCUCCAAAUUUUUUGUUUCAAUUUAUUAUGAUGAGGAGGAAUUCAAGCCUUGGCUGACUUAGGGUGGCCAUUCUUUAAGGAAACACAGAGAUGAGGACUAUCACAGCAAGUCCCCAGUUCAGCAAGAAAACACUGUGUUUAGAUGAGUGGAAACAGGGCUGACCUGGUACAAGGACUUCAAAUUUUGGGUAUUUGAUUAAAUCCAUUGCAGAAAUCAAUUGUUGACAGUGUUUGAAGGUCCAGAGGAAUUGCCUAAAGGGAGUGGUUCUUUCUCUUUGUCCUGUAGAAUGGGCUAAGUCAUUCUUGCCAGUUUUCCCUCAGAUGCCACAAGCACCAAAAAGACUUGGCUGAUUCAGCACCUAAAAAUAAAUUGGCUUGUACAGCAGUAGCAUUGCUUUCUUGAUGAAAAAAACACACCAAAACCAGUGAAAAAACCUGUCACAGGCUGCCUGGUGAUACUACUACAUUGAGUUUACAGCUUUGGAUCUUUGCUGCUUCUGUUUGAUGAGAGCACUGAUUUUUUUUUUUUUUUAUUUUUUUUCCAAAACUAACAUUGGAUUGAUUUCUUUUAAUGUGCCAGUAAAAAUUGAGUUCCCUUUUCUUCCCCUGUUUAUAUGCUUCAUAACUGUGGAUUCUGAUGGACCAGCCAUCAAAUUUUAACUGCCCUCUGACAGCGUGUAACUGGUUUACAAGCACACAGGACUAACACGGGCUUGCUGGCUGCUUGAUGUAUAAUGUUUCUCUUUUUCCAGCUCUGGCAGCUGUUGGUGCAGGUGUUGGUUGUGGUAUCUGAAUAACGUGGUGCUUGGCUACAUGGAGUUGUGCGUGGCCUCUUGAACAUAGUGCUGUGGUGAAGUACUACAGAGUUUGUCUUUCAAGGGAGCAUUUCUUUCUAGCCCUGAGAAACCAGCAAAAUUUGAAGUUUUUCCCAGAUUAUUCCGGUUCUCCAUUUUUUUAAGAGGUUCCAAUGACCUUUUGGUGCAGUGACUGUUCCCCUCUCUUGCACAUAUUGACUACCACAACUGGAGAUCCUCAGAUCUUUCAGCUGGCUAGGAGGGUUUUGUUAAAACUGUCCAAGUUACUGGUUUUUAUACUUGUAUGUAGGUGGUUUUAAAAUGCAUUAGGAAGAAACACUAACGAUGUAGCGCCCAUCAGGAUAAACAUUUCAGAAAGCACUUCAGUAGAAGACAGUCACAUGGCAUCACGCAGGCAUGUGUGAUGACAGUCAGCUCUCCUGGACCAAACCACCUUCAUGAUACCAUUGCGUUCUGUGUUUGCAAUUCAAGCUUAAUUCCUUUUUUGUUCUGUUUGUUUCCAUAGCUUUGUUGUUGUUGUUUUGUGCAUUUUGAAUAGCUUUAUUCACAUGGGGUUUUCAUGCUGACUUCCCUUGGACAGUAAAUCAAGUUGUUUGUGCAUGUGAACAACUGAGAAUUAGUGUUGGCUUGAUAGAGUCAUAAAAUGGUUUGUAAUGUUGUUCUUCCCUGAGACCACUGGCUUGUCUGGUAUGGAAAAUUUAUUUAGAACUUCAGUUAUGUUUGAAUAAAGUUAAAGUAAUCCAAUUUGUUUAUAAAUUAAAAACAAAAGCCCACCCAGCCCUGAAAACCAGCAUUUUGACAAAUGGUACCAAGAUGUUUUAAUGCAGUAGGGUAACAAAUUGGCAUCGCUGCGGGGAGCAGGCGGCUUUGGUUUUAGUGCUUGGCCAUUGUUCUCACCUGACUCGCAUUUAGAAGCUGCUCGGUGGCACAGAAGGUGGUUUGGUUGCAAAAGGAAUGUGGCUCCCAUGUAAACACAAGUGUCAGUGCCUGGUGCUGAGCGAGGUGCUCUUGUGGGGCAGCAAGAAACCAGAGGCAGAAGCUGAGUGUGCUGAGGAUGUGAGGCCAGGCUGUGUGCCUGGGGCCUUGCUCCUCGCGCUGCCUCUGCUCCUUGAAGCGGGUUCAAAGGGCUGUUGGAUUCAUGGGGUAUUCACACUGGUGCUCCUCUUGGCCUUGAAAAACAAAGGAAAAAGAAAAAAAAGCCCAGUUUGCCCAGGACGACUGGUCACCAGAUGGAGCUGCUGUCAGGUCCUCUGGGAACUGCUGAGGGGUGUUCGGUACAGUAUAAGUGAGCAACACUCCUAUUGUUGGUGUAACUCCAUACAUAUAUAUCUAUAUAUACAUAUAUGUAUCUACAUAUGUAUAUCUAUAAUAUAGAUAUAUAUAUAUUUAAACCCUUUUCAUUCCAUUAGUACAAGUAACACUUGUUUCCUGUUAUUCUUAUUUUGUUUGUCAACUGUGUAUUUAAUCACUGGGCUGAACAACAGUGGAGGAAGGUGCAAGGGAUCCACUCCUUACUAACCAGUGAUAAAAGCCAGAUAUUGCAACUUAACCCAUGAGUAGUUGUGCAGAUGAGAGUUUAAGAACGAUGUGUAGAUACAACACUAGUGGCCAGGGGUGCUGAAGAUACAGAACUAUAAACAGGCAGGAGGGCUUUGAAGGAUUCCUCAGUUCAGAAGCUGGUUGCUCAGAAACGAUAAGCAGGCUCUGAAAUGGAGCGCAGAACUGAGAGAUGUUUGUGUGGAGACACGUGAAGCAGGAUGUGGAAAUGGGUAUUCACAGAGACACAGGGCUUGGCAAGAAGUUUGAUAUAGUUCCCUGAGCUCUGUCUGUGGGACAGCAACAGAGCUCAGGUAUCACAGCUCUGAUCAUUGGUACUUGUAAGUGAACCUCUGGACUUCCCACCCAGACUGGUAAAUUCCUUACCAGGAGUUUAACGGUUGUUACCAUCGAUCUGUGUGAAUCAGUCUCAACUUACAGUUGGUCUGUUUUGCAAGUACCUUCAGACUAUCACCAGUUUGUGUGUGUGUGCAUAUGCAUGUGUGCUCAUCUUUUUUUACUUCUGUUUCUUGGUAUGUGUUCUGUUGAUCAGUCACCAUUAGCAUUUUCAAUAGGGCUUUAAGUCCAGUAGAUUACGGGUAGUCAGUUGACGAAGAUCUGGUUUACAAGAACUAAUUAAAUGUUUCAUUGCAUUUUUGUAAGUACAUAGAAUAAUUUUAUAAAAUGUUUGUAGUUUAUAAAUGCCUAAAGUAUAAUUUAAGGGCACUUUUCUGUGUCUGUGUAUGGGUGUGUCUGUAUGUGAUCAGGUUUUUUUGAUGGUACCAGUUUACUAGCUAGCUUUACAAUAUGCCAAAAAGGAUCACUAACUUGUCCAACCCACGGCGUGUCCCUCUCCCCCUACCUGCUCAAGCUUUGUGUCCCAGUAAACAGCAGAUGAAGAAAGGAGUUGGGGAAAUGUUCUGUAUCUUCAGUAUCCUGGUCUUCCAGAGCCCUCUGGUUGGGGUGGGAUCAUCUUAACUGGUCAUUUCACUUUACUGUCUAGGGCAGUUAACUCAAUGGAUUACAAGAACCUCACUGGUCAGGGAAACAGAAUGGGUUUUGCUGCUACCCAGUCUCACUUGUGCUGUCCAGUACCUGCUUUGUGGUGGCCACGUGGUUUGAAGGAUGUGACUGUGUAAGAGACAGAGGGAAGAUGUCUUUCAUAAUGGCUAUUGAAGAACUAUUUGCAGAUUUCGUAUCACUUUAAAAGCUUGUAUGCAGCCUCUAAAGAUGUCGAGCACCAUUUGAAGCUUUGUUGAAACAAGCGAGGCAGGGUCCCUAUUUAUUUUUAUUUAAGAAUACUGAAGAUCCCUUCUCCCUCACUCCCCCUAAAUUUGGCUGAGGUUGUUGUGGAAGUGUUGCAAUGAUUUAGAUACUGUUGAAAAAUCAGCUCUUCUGUUUUCUGAACCAGUGAGGUUUGAGAUGAAAGGAUUGGCCAGAGUUUGUCUACCUCUGGGACAAAAACUAAACUAGAAAGUGCUAAGGAAUGGAUGCAGUUGCAAAUACAUUUUCCAAGUUUUCUUGUUUAAAUUUUUUUAAAGAGAAAAUUAAACAAUAACAUGGCCAAUUUAUUACAUAAAAAGACUUGCUGUGUAUAAAUUAUUCCUAAAGAAAUUCCUGUGUUUAUAUUAAAAUGAAUCAGUAGAUAAAAAAAAAUAAUUCAAAAUGUUUUUGUAUAUUCUGUUGUAAGAAUUUAUUCCUGUUAUUGCGAUAUACUCGGGAUUCUUUACAUUAUGAAAAGAAGAAACUUUGUCUAUUUUGAAUGGCUGAAGCUAAGGCUCCUUUAGUUUCUCUUACUCUGCUUUUUUCUAGUAGUUUCAGUACUACAUGAUUUAAGUUAAAUAAAAGAAUUCUGUAUGCA